ACAACGUCAAGUACUUUAGUACUUAAAGAAUUAAACUGAUAAUAAUAUCUAUCUUGUCUAAUAAUUUCUUAAAAAACAAAACUCUUUCAAAAAGAGUUUAGGUCUAAUCAGUGAGUUCAGAGUGUUAUCAACUAAGUAAUUGUCAAUUUAGUAAUAAAAAGAGCCUAUUAGUCAAUAAUAACCGACUAUCACAGUCAAACAAUAGUUGCGACAAACAUCUGCACGAAAAAUAUCAAUUUCAGGAGUUAAAAUGUUAAAAACCAAAUUAAUGAACUUUGUCAAUACUUCGCAAAAGAUUUUGAUGUCUACAAGAAGUGAAAAUGUAAUAAAUCAGAAAAAAUUGGAACAUUACAAAAAUUUAAACGCCUUGGAAAAUAGUGAUGUAAUGCCUGAAGGGUGGGAAAAAGCCAAACCUUUCGAUAGUCUCCCUGGGCCUAAACCACUACCAUUUGUUGGGAAUAUAUGGCGAUUUCUGGUGCCGAAAAUCGGUGAUUUUUACGGAAUCGAUUUUCUGGACUUACACCAAAUUUUUUAUGAACGGUAUGGAGAUAUUUCAAUUCUUAAAGGCAUGAUUAACAACCCGAUUGUAAUGAUAUUUAACCCAAAAGACUAUGAAACGUUGUUUAGAAAUGAAGGUAUUUGGCCGAUCAGGAGGGGCCUUGCGUCUUUCCACGAGUAUCGCAAAUCAAAAAACGAUAUAUUUCUAAAUUCAGGCUUACUUCUUGAAGAAGGAGAAAACUGGUUCAAGAUAAGAUCAGUAGUUAAUCAGAUUUUGAUGCAACCGAAAAUUAUUUCCCAGUACACAGACAAAAUGAAUUUAGUCGCUGACGAACUUGUUAAUAAUAUUGCAAAUUUGGUGGAACAGAGCGAAAAUGGGGAAAUGCCGGAAAAUUUCCACAAUGAACUGUACAAAUGGUCUUUGGAGUCAGUCGGACUUGUAACCUUAGACACGCAUUUAGGGUGUUUAAAGAAUGACUUAGAUGAAAAUUCAGAACCGCAGAAACUAAUAAGGAGUACUUUGGAAAUGUUUAAAUUGAUGCACAAACUCGAUGUCUUGCCUUCAUUUCAUAAUUAUAUAAGUACGCCGUCUUGGAGAAAAUUUGUCCAAGUGAUGGAUUUUAUCGCCGAGACAAAUGUGAAAUAUGUAAAUCAAGUUUUAGAUAAAUUAGAAAAAGGUGAAUCAACAAAUACCGAAAUACCGAGUGUUUUAGAAAAAUUGCUAAAAAUUGACCGAAAUAUCGCCGUGACUAUGUCUGUAGAUAUGAUGAUAGCGGGAAUAGACACCACAGGAAGAAUUUUAGGAGCUGCUAUGUAUUUCUUGGGCAAAAAUCGCUCAGCACAGGAAAAACUACGAUCCGAAUCUAUUUCUCUUCUCAAAACUAAAGAUCAACCAGUAACCAACGAGGUUUUAAAAAAGGCCCCUUAUCUUAAAGCUGUAAUUAAGGAAACUAUGCGUUUAGCACCUAUUGGAAUUGGAAAUUUGCGAACGACUGUUAAAAAUUUAGUCUUGGGAGGAUACCAAAUUCCAAAAGGGACAGAUGUGGUAACAAGCAAUUUAUUUUUGUGUAGAAACGAUGAAUAUUUUUCAAGAGCUAAAGAGUUUAUACCCGAGCGAUGGCUUUCGACAACUUUCGGGGAGUUGUCGAAGAAAAAUACAAAUCCUUUUAUUUUUGCCCCAUUUGGUUACGGGCCAAGGAGUUGCGUUGGAAAGAGAAUGGCAAAUUUGGAGAUAGAAGUGGCGCUUUUUAAAAUUAUAAGAAACUUCGAGUUAAAUUGGCCACAUCAAGACAUGGUUUUUAAAACCAAACUAUUGUAUGGGAUGACGGACCCUUUGAAAAUUCAGGUCAAGUCUGCAUAAGAAAUUACAAAUUUGAAAAAAAGGCGCAAAAAACUAACUAAUGAAUGUGCUUCAAUUAAUUUAUAUUUUUAUUAAAUUUAUCAAUAGCCAUCUGCAUUGACCAUAUACUCAGGGGUCGCAUAUAACCGAUCGCUCUAUAAUACUUGACAGGGUAUAAGGCUUCUGGGGUAUCGAAAGAGAGUCCAAAUCGUUCACUCAUCGACUUAUACAUUCCCCCAGCCGUAUUGAAAGCCUCAGUUUUCAUUCCCUGUAACAAAACCAAUUAAAAACUUUUCUUUGAAAAAAAUAUUCGUACUUCUUGAAGCAUGCUGGCAGCUAAGGCAUACGUAACCCCCGUCCACACC